AUGUGGAGGUUACACUCCGACCGCCAGGUUUCAGCCGCUCCGCGCCUCGCGAACCGAUCGACGGGUGUUCCCCGCGAACGAUGUUCACCGGCAACACCGAAACAGCCUUUCUCAUCAAAGAGCAUAAUCACACUUCCUGCAACCAUGCCUGGACUCGUUGACAAUGGGUCCUCUGCGACCGAAACUCCCGGUGGUCAGGUCCCGAAGAAGCUGGUUCUUUGCUUCGACGGUACCGGUAACACAUUCACUGGCUCCAACGCCGACACAAAUGUUGUCAAGAUCCUGAGCAAAUUGGACCGCAAUGCGCCGAACCAAUUCCAUUACUACCAGACCGGCAUCGGUACGUAUGACAUCAAUGAGAAGUCUGUAAACAAGACAUUUUUCGGCGAAAUCCAGAGCUCCAUCUCCCAGACAAUCGACCAGGGAAUCGGCACGACAUUCGACGCCCACGUCAUGGCUGGAUACAGGUUUCUGAUGCGUUACUACGACUCCGGCGACAAGAUUUACAUGUUUGGAUUCAGCCGCGGCGCCUUCACAGCAAAGUUCCUGGCGCGUAUGAUCCACACCGUCGGACUUCUCUGCAAGGGUAACGAAGAGAUGGUUCCCUUCGCCUACCGCCUCUACCAGCGCUACCUGGCCGGUGAGGUCGAAGACUUCAUCACGGCACACCCCAAGAAGUCCAAGAAGGAGAAGAAGGCCAGGAGAGCCGCCGCAGAAGCAGCAGCCAACGGAGGCGAGGCACAGCCGCUCCUGGACGACAUGGAACCCCACGAGCACCGCGAGGGCGAGGAUCCCGCUGUCCACGGCCACAAUUACGAAGUCGCGCGUGAUGAGAUUGCAGCCUUCUCCGACACAUUCUGCCGCAAGGAGAACAUCAUGCACUGCGGGAAAGAAGAGGAGUCCAACAUCAAAGUGCACUUCCUCGGCAUCUGGGACUGCGUCAACUCGGUGGCCAUCCUGGAGCGCAAGACACCUGUGCCAGUACCUGUGGUCGGUACGGCGCACCACGUCCGGCACGCUGUGGCCGUCGACGAGCGCCGAGUCAAGUUCAAGGCCGCGCUGCUGGCCCAGGACAUCCGCGACGGAAGCCACUCUCAUGAAGAAGACAUCAAGGAGGUGUGGUUCCCGGGCUGCCACGGCGAUGUCGGCGGCGGAUGGCCGGCGUCGGAUAAACACCCGCUUGACAAUGCCGACGUGCAGAUGACGUUCUGGGAGCGGGUCAAGAACUUCUGGACGACGCGCAAGUCCAAGGAGCCCCUCAAAGCGAUAGGCUGUGACCGGCUGCAGAUGAGUGACGUGGCGCUGGCGUGGAUGAUCCGGGAGGUUGAGUUAGUCGGCGAGAAGGAGCCGACUGCGGCGCUCAAGUGGCGUGAGAAUGUGAAGGACUUCAAGGCGAGGUACGCCAAGAAGAAGAAGCAGGCGAUGAAGGGCGUCAUUCACGACUCUCUUGCCUUCAACUGCGGUACUGGCUUCUUUACUGUGCUCCUGUGGAAGCUCAUGGAAUGGCUACCCUUCAUCACGCGCUGGGAACUCGAGGACAGCGGGUGGGAGAAUGUUCGCUUCCCGCUGAACAAGGGUGCUACGCGUGAUAUCCCCAGAGACGCUGUUCUUCAUGAGUCGCUACUCUGGAGGCUUCAGAACGACAAGAACUACUGCCCUGGCAAUAAUCACGGCGGCCGUCUGCCACCUUGCUUGAAACACCACACUUCUGGUGCCAUUGCCAAGUGUGAUCCCCCCCACGACCACAACAAGGCCCAUGAGGACUGUGAGCACAGGACGUAUACAAUUGUCAAGGCUGCACAUGAAGUGUAG